UACUGUGAUCAUGAGAGAACGAAAAUCAUUAAAUUCAUUAACUUUCUAAAUUCUUACUGCGACGGUGAACUUCAUUAAAUUCCUUACUUUAUCUACAUUAUUUACAUCAUCCAUUAACACUCACAGAGAUCUAAGAUCCAAACACUGAACAAUUUUAGAAGAUAUUUCUUACAUUCUUCUUUAUCUCGCAUUUUUUUUUCAUAUCUAGUGAUCGGAGCUUGAACAGUUAUUAAGUAAUUCAAGCUAAAAAAUGUCAAGGAGGCAAGUAAGUUCGUCCGCUCGUAGAUUUGUAGAUACAGGAAGUUUUCCGUUCGCCGGAGCAAUUUUAAACUCUAAAUCUCGCUCUUCUCCUUGGUUAUCUCUUGCUCUCAUACUUCUGGGAGCAUUCCUUCUUAUUACCUAUGCUUACGGCGGUCACGGUAUUUUUGGAGGCAAUAAAGAAUCUGUUAGUAGGCUUGGAGGUGAUUUCUCAUGCACUUCAGAAGUUCAGAGAACAAUUCCCAUUUUAAAGAAAGCUUAUGGUGAUAGCAUGCGCAAGGUUUUACAUGUCGGUCCUGAUACUUGUUCAGUGGUCUCUCAACUCUUGAAAGAAGAAGAAACUGAAGCAUGGGGCAUUGAGCCAUAUGAUAUAGAGGAUGCUGAUCCAAGCUGCAAGAGUGCUGUUCGUAAAGGCAUUGUCCGUGUUGUUGACAUUAAGUUCCCCUUGCCCUACAAGACAAAGUCAUUUUCUCUUGUUAUUGUGUCUGAUGCCCUUGAUUACCUAUCCCCAAAAUACUUGAACAAGACUCUUCCAGAAUUGGCAAGGGUGGCUGCAGAUGGUCUUGUUAUUUAUACCGGUUCUCCUGGUCAACAGAGGGCUAAAGUUGCUGAGCUAUCUAAAUUUGGAAGACCGGCGAAAAUGAGGAGCUCGUCUUGGUGGGUUCGGUAUUUUGUUCAGACAAGCUUAGAAGAAAAUGAAAGUGCUAUAAAGAAGUUUGAGCAGGCUGCAUCCAAGAAUUCAUACAAGCCAACCUGUCAAAUUUUCCACUUGAAGCCACAGUUAUAGUCACUGGUGGAAGAAAGUUUAUGUGAAAGAUUUUUACAGCUUUUGUUUUUCAUGCAGUUAAACCAACAUAUAUGAGUUUAAUAGUCACUCGAGACAUUUUUAAAUUGGGUAGGUAAAUUUUGUGAAAUAGAAGUUGAUAUUUGUAUUAGCCUAUGUUGUGGCUUUAAAAGUACACAUGCCUAUGGUGAUUAAUUUAAUUGAUGGAGAGCUUAGUAUGA